UUCAACCCCACCUUUAUUAGACUAGGCAGAUCUCGUGUUGAUCAAUCAUUUUUAUGCUGGCUGUUUCUCUGAGUGCAGCUAGUCAGGUAGAGACAUUAGCUGGAAGCUUCGUCCUGCCAUAACGGCCUGUUGUUGUUCUGGUAAAGACACUGUUUCUCUGAGUGCAGCUGUUUAGUCAUGUAUAAACAGGUGAAAUGUAUCAUGUUAGGGGAUGCAGCUGCUGAGACAAAUGCGCUCUUUAAUACCUAUAUCGGGUACCCAGAGGAUCCGACUGAAUGCAGUGCCACAUUAAGCGUCAUGGUGAAUAGUGAGCCUGUACUUUUGUAUCUUUUAUAUCUUCCUGCAGCAAGUGAGUACGACACACUACGGCCCCAAGCUUAUCCAGGGACAGACGUCUUCCUGUUGUGUUUUGCUGUGGACAGUCCUGAAUCUUUUCAAAACAUUUCUAAAAAAUGGGCACCAGAAGUGAAACAUGUUUGCCCUGGCGUGCCGUUUAUACUUGUGGCAACGAAAGCAGAGUUAAGGGAUGAUGAGGACGUAAAGAAAAGGUUGAAAGAGAAGAAUCUGGAGCUGGUGACAACCAAGAAUGGCCAAGCCAUGGCCGAGAGGAUCGGAGCCUACGCUUACAUGGAAUGUUCAGCCAAGACUUCCAGAGGGGUCAAGACAGUGUUUGACACCGCUAUACUCGCCGCUCUUGAGAGACAAAGUCCAGCUCUUCGCUCCACCCUGAAACGCAGCUGUUGCCUGCUAUUGUGAGGAGGACUUUACCAAAUAGCCAAACAUGUAAACAGGGAAGCUAAUG